CCUCCUGUCUCCUCUCCUCUCCUCUCCUCUCUCCUGUCUCCUCUCUCUUGUCUCCUCUCCUCCUCUCUCGUUACAUUACAGCUGCUGAGUGUCGCAUAAUUCAACCAGCCAUCUGCGAUGCAAUCCAAUCUGUACUCCUAAAAUAACUUUUUCCUGUAACCACACCUAACCGGAAAACGAAACUCAACUUUAGUUUCAUUAAAAACAUCUUGGGGGGCGAAGCAAAAACUCUCUUGAUAUUCGACAGCUCACGGAGUUUACCGGCGACACCCCUGUGGUGGGAGGAGGAAAAGAAACACAACAAAAAAACAACGGACUUUGACUCAGCAGGCAGAGAAAGAGUCCGGAUAGACGAGAGAAGAAGGAAGCGCGAUUAAUUACUAAUGGCGCCCUGCACACGCCCCCCUGAGCUGAGGAUGGUGCUGCUUGGGAAGACCGGGGUUGGAAAAAGUGCCUCUGGAAACACCAUCCUGGGCAGUAAGGUGUUUGACUCCCAGCCCGCUGCCUGCUCCGUGUCCCGGCAGUGCGAGAAGGGCUCUGUGACGGUACGCGGCCGACGCCUGUGCGUGAUCGACACACCCGGCUUCUUCGACACGCAGCUCCCUAAAGACGAAUUCAACCUGGAGAUUGCAAAGUGCAUCUCCCUGUGCGCCCCGGGACCCCACGCCUUCCUGCUGGUGAUGCCCGUGGGCCGCUACACGGAGCACGAGAGGGAAACGGUGCGGGAAAUCCAGGAGAUGUUCAGCGAGGACGCGUGGAAGUACACCAUCGUUCUCUUCACCCGCGGAGACGAGCUGGGAGGGGAGUCGAUCGAGGAGUUCGUGAGACAGAACCCGCACCUCCAGGAGCUGGUGGAUAAGUGCGGGGGGCGCUGCCAAGCCUUCAGCAACGAGAACACGGGCAAUCGCGCCCAGGUCCGAGAGCUGCUGGGGAAGAUCGACAGCAUGCUGGAGGCGAGAGGAGGAGGAGGAGGUUGCUGCUACACCAACGAGAUGUACCGGGAGGCUGAGGCGGCGAUCACACGGGAGACGGAGAGGAGAGUCAGGGAGGCAGGAGGAGAUACGCAGGGAGGAGGAGAGGAUCCAGCGGAGCGAAGCGGAGAUGAGGCGGAGGGAGAGCGCGGUUCACCAGCAGCAGGAAAGGCUGGAGACGGAGAGGUUGAGGGAGAGGAGGGAGAUGGAGGAGGAGAGGAAGAGACUGGAGCGAGCCAGAGAGGAGCUGGAGCAGGCUGAAGCAGCGAUGAGAGGCGAGCAGGAGAGGAAAGCGAAGGAGAGACAGGAGGAGGAGAGACGCGUGCGGGAGGCAGCGAUCCGGGAGAGAGAAGAG